ACCGAGUGAAGCACCAUGGCAGCGGCUGUUUGAGGCCGUGAAGAAAGUUUGUUUCUUGCCGUGAAUCCCUACAAACUACAAUAAUCCAACAGCCAUGUCGAGCAGCUUUAAGUCCAAACCUAGGAGCUCCAGGGGCGAACUCCGCAGACUGCUGCUGGCGGCUGAAGCUGGUCAGAAGGCUGAUAUCCUGACCUACUCUUCAGGUCAUUUAAGUCCACGGAGCAUGAGCCAGAGUCAGCCUCAUGCGGAGACAAAGCGGGUUUUCUGGAGGAUGUCUCAGAACCAAGAAGAAAGCCCAAACCUCCCGACACUCUUGAAGAGACUGCCGAAGGCAAAGAUCCCUGCAAAGAAGGAAGAAAUUAAAGAGUCGGCCUCUGGCGCCACAUCAGUGGAGCCUGGGGUCCUGGGGUCAAAACAAGAUCAGACCACUGAUCAUUCAUCACAUGCAGAAAGAAGAGAAGAUAAACUACCAGAGAUAGUUCAUUGUUCCUCAGACUCUUUGCCGAUCCUGAAUCUGAAACCCUCUUCUCAGACAGAGUUUAACUCUUCAUCUGAUUUGGAGGGGAAACUAAAAGUUUGCUCAAGCCAUUCUGACCAGGAAGGCUUGAGCAAUGGCGUCCAGCUAGAGGUGAAAAAAUGGUUAGGCAGGGAAGUCAUAGCCAAGUCAGACCUCUGGGCUGGAAUAAAUGUUGCAGAAGUCCACGAGAGGAAACUACAGAAGGAGUUGAGUAAGUUGUCAGCACAGAGCUGGCCCUGCAGAGACCGCCUUGCGGUGUUCAGUGACGUCUUUGAUGAUGUAUGUGAAGGCUCGCCAGUAUUUGGACGCAUCCUGAGGGAAAUUAAGACAGAUUAUGACUUGUAUGUGAACCACUUGAUGGAUUCCUACUCUACACAUCACAGCAAGUCGAAGAACACUUCACCCAAAUAUCUUAGCAAUGUCAAAGUAAAACAAAUGGAGCUGGAUGAUGCAGAGGAAGAGGUUCGCAGGCUGGAGCAGGAGGCCCGAAAAGCCCUAGAGGAGAAUAAACGAGUCCGACGCGAAUUACAGAACGUUCCAGCUAUUACAGGCCUAGAGGACAAUUACAGAAAUAAUGUGUCUCUGUUAGAGCUGGAGGACAGUGACUGUGCCAUCGACUGCACUGACAGCGUCCGGUCCAUGAGGUUUCAGGUGUUGAGCGUUUGGAAGGAGAUCCAACGGCUGGAGGAGGAGAUUAAAGAGAAGACGGUGUCCGCCACUACAACCGCUGCAAUUGAAAGACGCAUCAAAGACAAUAAGACUGAUAUAAUAAAACUGAUAGCCUCAAAUGAACGUCUGAGGACCGUUAGCAAGGACCUGGAAAACAAAAUCAAUGUCAUGCUAAACAGAGAGAAGGCAAGCAAGGCCACAAGACAGUUGCUGUGGGACAAAAUCCACGGUGGUCUACCGGGAGAGAGCGAAUAGUUUUAAGAAUUAAUUUUUCACUUAUUUCACUGCAAGCGAGAAACUACGUGAUAACCUUUUUAUUUCUGUUUGAUGCAUUAUUAAGUUCAUCCAAGUCACACAUAUAGACAAUGUACUUAAGCCAGUAAUGCAUGCACUAGUUCUCAUCUUUCUUAUUGAUCAUCACACCCAUUAAACAUUCACAGCUCUGGCAA